AUGGAACCGGGAGAAGGCCCUUCCGCCGGGGACGGCACUACCUCCACAGCCCCGGGUGGUGAUGCAAGUGGUACGGGGUCAACGAUCGAAGUGGUUGGCACCGGUGGGUUGAAGGCGGUGGAGUCAACAGCGGUGGCAGCACGAAAGGCUGAGGGUGCUUCAGGUAGCGUCGACUCUUCGGUUACCAGGGAGGCGGAGGGAACGGCGGUGGCUCCAGAACCUAGUGUUGGUGAGGGUAGCGGUGGCACCGGCGGCGCUGGUACCGCUCUGAAGAAAGAACAUGUAACCGGUGGGGUAGAACAGUCUUCACUCCCUGCAGCUACCGAUACCGGCGCAGGCACUGUCGAUCCGGAAGGUCAACCCCCGACGAAGUACGAGACUCCGGGUCCAAAGCAUAUCACGACGGAUGCAGGUGCCACGCUUCCCGCUUCUGUAUCCAAGGAUAUGGAAGAGGAUACCCCUGGUCCGAAGCAGAUAACAACAGCAGCAGGUGUCAUUCUUCCCGCCUCCGCAGCUAAGGAAAUCCAAGACAGGGCCACGGCCGAGCUCCUCGAUCUCCCUGAGAGCAAGGACUACGGUCAUCAGCUCCGCACGAAAACAAGAGCAGGCGUCACCUCCAGAACGGAAGAGGACGAUGGCGGCAACGCAGGCUUGGCGGGGCAGGAAAGGGAGGAGGGGCUUUCGCCGACGCCACCUAGAAGGAAGAGCAACCCCAUCAGCCGAGGCACGCCGCCUCGCAGGGGCAGCAGGGGCGGCAACCUCGCCAUCAUUACCCAAUCUCCGGGAAACGAACCGGACCUUCCUCGGCCGAUGUCGCCAAGGAGCCGGCCUCGAGACCAGCCGCUGGUCAGGGCGAAACACGAGCGUCAAAACGGGGGAAGGGUGGAUGGUGUCGAGGGUGGCGGUGGAAGUGACGGCGAUGAUGAUGACGACGAGAGUAAAGAGAACAGGUCAAAAGCAGCCACGUUUUCAAGCAGGCGGUGGAAGGCGAGCGACGAAUACGUCCUUGACGAGGACAGACUCCCCACGCAAGUACAGAUGUCACAGAACCUGAUGCGAUUAAGCUUGCCCAACAGGGAGACUCCAAGGGGGGGAGUCUUUGCCAAGAUCCCCGGUCUCGAUCAGCACCUCGCGGUGGAGGCUAGAAAGAUGAACGACCCUCCAAGGUUCAGGCCGCCAAAGCUUGUCUCAGGCACGGUGAGGCAGUACGAUCAGGAAGAAGCAAGUGAGGCGGCCUUCAGAAUCGACACAAACUCACGAAGAAUCGAGACCGCACAUGGAAAUUGCACCAGGUACCCGGAGUGCCGAGGCGCGGUGUUUCGACCUUCUUUCGCGGACGACGGGUCUUUCGACGAUCUACCGGCGACGUCGCCCCUCCUCUCUGAGCCCCCUCACAGGCUGCGCCUCGAGCGAGCGCGUGGGUAUCACGGCGGCGGCUUUUACCCCUCCACCGACAACAACGCGUUCUUUCUUGGGGAAAACCAUAUGCCGACCGGUGGCAGAGAUCGUGGAAGUGGAAGCAUGGCCAAAGAUCAGGCAAAGACGCAUUUCGAGGUGGUUUACCCCACGGCAGCCUUGGUCGUCAUGCACAAAUUUCCGAUUCGAGACGGGGAAUACAAGGAGAAGGCAGCGGGGGGAGGAGCACAGGGAAGACGGGAAUUCGACAGUAGCGAGGAUACGGGAGGGGAUAAGGAAGGCGGGGACGUGGAGAUGAUGCAAAGAUUUUUCGACGGACAUACUGACGAUGUAACGGCCGUGGCGGUUCACCCCGGAGGCGUGCUCGUGGCAUCUGGGCAGAUCUGCUGUUUGGACUUUAGCCCCGAUGGGUGGCUGCUCUGCUCGGUGGGUGCAGACUGCAAGAGCACGACCAACAUCUGGGACUGGAGAAAGGGGGUGGCCAUCGCCAAAGUGCAAGCAGGGCCAGGACCAAUCCAUGCGUUUCGCUUCAACCCCUACCAGGCAAGAGGAACGUAG